AAGGUUGAUGUGAUAAUACAUGUGUGCAGUAACUUUUUUGAUCCUGGUGCACAUUCUGUUCAAGCUCACAGCAGGGAGGCUCUUAGAGGAGAGGAGUGAAUCAUAGAGGCCUGCAGGAUGGCCCAGGCAGACAGCAAGGUGCUGGUUCUUGGAGCGCUGGCUGGAGUGGCUGGCAUUAGUUUGGCAGUUGUGUGUUACCAGGGCUUUAGGUCAAGACGAAGAGUUUCGUGUCCAGGGGUCUACCUCAACCGCUCUAAUGGCCAGGGGACUGGACUCAUGUUGGUGGAUGGUCCAGAUCUGCCAAGGGGUCAGGUCGAGGUGCUGGAACGUCUUGAGGCCCUGAUCCAGUGCGUGUCAGAGCUGAAGGAUGAGAUGAAGUCAUUGAAAAAUGCUCUGCCAACCCUGCCAGACCACGUCAGGGAGGAGCUGAGGGGACAGGAAGAGGGGCGUCGAGUCAGCCCUCUACACAGGACCACACCGACACGAAGGAAACGAGCUGCAGGAAGCCUGGCUGGACCCAGAGCCGGGGGUCGGAGCUCAGAGGAAGCAGAGAGUGAGGGAGGGUACAUAACUGCACUGACAGACUCUGAGGAAGAAGAGCAAAGCGAUGUAGAACAGAGGGAUGAAGAACAACCAGCAGACAAGUUGUCCGACCUCCUGGAGAGGAUCGACCGUUUGCAUCAGGGCUCUGAAUCUGACAAAAGGGAAAGUCUCAACGUGCUUUUGGAGCAGAGAGAAGAGUUUGGACAGAACUCAACAUUUCUUUGGCGGCUAACCCGAGCGUACUGUGACGUUCAUGACAUCAGCUCCACUCUGGAGGAGAAGAAGACCCACGCAGCAACUGGGAAGAAAGUUGGUGAGGAGGCAGUGAGCCUGAACCCAACAUGUGCUGAGAGUCAUCAGUGGUAUGCCAUCAUGUGUGGGAUUAUGGCAGAAUACGAAACAGUACAGAACAAGAUAAAGAAUGGGUACAUAUUUAAGGAUCAUCUGGAUAAAGCCAUCGAGCUGAAGCCUCAAGACCCCAUGUCCUACUACCUGCUGGGCCGCUGGUGCUAUGCUGUGGCUCAGUUAUCAUGGAUUGAGAGAAAAGUUGCUGCAACAUUGUUUGGAGAGCCUCCAAGUGCUACGGUUGAAGACGCACUGAAGAAUUUUCUAAAGGUCGAGGAAAUCCAACCAGGAUAUUCCAAACUCAACUAUGUGUUUCUAGCUAAGUGCUACAAAGACCUGGGGCAGAGUCAGAAGGCUAGGAGGAUGUGUGAAUCUGCUUGUUCAAUGAAUGUUGUGUCCAAAGAGGAUGAAGAGGCAAGGAAGGAGCUGGACAUACUCUGCCCGGCCCUUGGAAUGUGACGACUGCAGUAGCACAUCAUUUCAGAAAUGUGUUUUCCAUGUGCUACGGAUGGCGAGUGUGUGUGUGUGUGUGUGUGUGUGUGUGUGUGCGUGUGUGCGUGUGUGUGUGUGUGUGUGUGGAUAUACUGUGUAUUGAGAGGCCAUUGUAUUAAUUCACUCUGUGAGUGGAAGGAGGUUUGCUGUGGCAUUAUAUCAUCAAUGGGAGCAAUCAGCUACCACAGUCCGAGCUAUGUUGUUUUAAAUCAGGCUUGUAUUUUACUAACUGUAAGGAUGUUUUUAAUAGUGGAAAACUGUUCUUACCUGGUUGUAUCAAAUCGGUGAGAUAAGUUAUAUUCCCCAUUAUGAAGUACAUUGAUUUUUAUUUUUAUUAGUAAAUUCAGUGAGACUGUAUAAAUACUGUAUAUUCCUGGUCGAUGUGUGUGUAGCAUACAUUGUCUCACAGGUCUGAUUGCUCUGAUAGCGGCAGUCUCAAGGAUACCAGGUUUCCUUGACAACAGAGACUUGUCACUUUCUGGCAGCGUGACCCAUCGGACUUGCUGUUCCAUCCUGUCCCCCCCCCAUUCUGUUUUUUUCUUUUUUUUUGUUGCGUCUCCCACAAAAGCACAUCAGACAAUGGUGCACCCAAACAAAGAUCUUGGAAUGCCGUGACCACUGGACGAACUCUUGCCCUCUUCACUCUGCCGCCAUUCAAAACAGCGUCAAUGUCUCUCUGACUACAUUUAAUUUCAGACUUUAUAAAAGUAAAUCACGUGGUUGACAUGCAUAAAUGAUCUUUUAUGAUGCCCUUUGGCGUCUAUACAUUGCAGACGAUCAUUAUUUACCUCCUGUUAUUCUGCUCCUGUGACAGUAAUGUCCCUCCAGUAUAACUGCAGUUAAUCUAAUGAUCCACCAUAAAGACGUAGUAGAGACGUCUUGGAGCAAAGCCCCCUUUUUAAUUGUCCUUUUUGAACAUUAUUAUGGAGGUCUGUCUCCCUUACAUUUUAUUGGUCUUAAAUUGUUUUUCAAUCUGAAGUCAGUUUUAUUCAGACAUCUGUUUUGUAAGAACUUUUCCAAUGUCAGUGAAAGUGGAGAAGCAUCUGAAGCAUGCCAAGUUUAAAAAAGGGUUUUAAUAAUUACAGAAGGGUCCCAUUACACUUCAUAUAUACUACACUUAAUUAUCCUGGUUAUGGUUCAGUUAAGGUUUUGGUCAGGUUUCAGUUUACAUGGAAACAUCCCACCAAUUGUUCAUCAUCAAGGCAUGAAAAAAAAAAGAUCAUAGUCAUCAGCCCUCAUCGUUUCACUGCAGGACUGAUAACACAGUUCUAUUGAGGUGUUUAAAAAAUGGCUUUACUGGUGUGCAUGUAAAUGGACUCAUCGACAGGGAAACUGGAGAGCAAGUUGUGGAUUUUCAUUAUCUGUGUUUCUCUUGUCGUACCGACAGCCAUCUAGUAAAACUAUGAUGAACACAGCAGAGCUUUGGCAUGAAGUGAUGGGACGCAGGUUACUGUAAUGACACUAAAAUGUGAUUUUGAUCACACUGACAAAAUGUUUAAAUGUUUAAUUGUAUUACUGUCUCAUGCAUUCCUCAUUAUAUUACACUUGUUAAUGUUUCUACUCAUUCUUAUUAAGUGUGGCGCAAUUGCAAAACGAAACUGUGAGCGUUUAGUUUUGUUUACUCUUGAGAUUUGUCUUGGAUGAACUGAAGGUUUUAGGGUGUGAUCAGUUUAAUUUAACUUGAUGUUGUUUAGGCUAGAUGAAUUAUGAAAACAACAAGAAGAUUUGUUUUUAUGUCACUUUAUAGGUUUUUCCACCAGCACUACGAAUGUAUUUGAUUAUUUCUUUUCAAUGCCAAAGCAAGUACAAUAUCUGUCCUCCCCUGUUGUCAAAUCUGAUAUACUACAUAGAGAUUAUACUGUACAUUAUCAUAGGCCAUGUGCACUGAAUGGUUAAUGGUACUGAAGUUCAGAAUUAAAUCUGUGCAAAUGUGAUAGAAGUUUUCCUUUUUCACACCUGCCUGUACCAGGUUAGUGGGAUUUAUAAUCUUUCCCCCUCUCAAAUAAUAAAGUCUGUGAGAUGAAUCUUCUAUGAUUUAUAUUAGAUUCAUCAUGAUACACACUGUAUACUCCCAGUCGAUUUACAGUAUGUGUAGCAGACAUUCUCUCUGAGGUCUGAUUGCUCUGAUAGCCAGUGUGAUAUAAGUUGUGAAUGAUUAAUGGUGCCAGAGUUUAUAAUUAAAUUUGUGCAAUCAAAGUAUAAUUUGUCAGUUUGUCAUCAGUGUUGCUUGUUUAAGCACCUGAGCAUGUUUGUGUGUUUGUUAGUUUUAUUGCUGUUCAUGAUGAAUAUUUCCUCACGUCCACUUUUGUAAGUUCUAACUUAUUAUUAAAAUGUUCAGUGUUUUUUUUUUUCA